CCUCCAGAAAAACACGAGCUGUUGAAUCCUAUGGCGUGAAGUUAAUCUAGUUCAUUGAGUGACCAAUUAUCACUCUUCACUUGAUUUGGGCAGUAUCGGCUAUGCUAUUGUUAUAAAGAUUGAUAAAGACCUGUCUCUUGGAAACUGAGAGAAUGUGUUCCCUGGGGUUUCUCAACAGGACUAUCCAGUCCCAGCUGGUGUCUGUCCUGUGUAGACAACUUGCUACAAGGAUAAACUUGGAAGUACCAAGGAUAACAACGCCACAUAAACUAAAAGUACAGUUUGAGAAGAAAGAGAAAACUAUUUUGAGGAAGAAAGCCAUACAUGCCAGAUCUAACAUGUCAAAUAGGAAAUCUUCCCUGGUUAUCAGCUGUAAACGUUCCCAGUACAACCACCACAAAGGACAGACCUACAGUGAAUUUAACCCCAGUAUGUUGGCCUCCCAUGGCUGGAACAACUAUAAGUCAUUGGGGGAUCAUUUCACAAUCAAGGCACACAGCCAGAAUCCAGCCCUGCAGGCUAUCAAUGAAUCAGCACGGACAUUUGAGGAUUUUGACCUGAAUGAAAAUUUACUACAGCAGAUUGAAAAACUUAACCUUGAAUAUCCAACAAAAAUUCAGAGACGUACAUUCAAUGCUGUGUUACAUGGACAGAAUGUGAUCUGUGCUGCAGAAACAGGUAGUGGUAAAACCCUGGCAUACCUGCUGCCUGUCAUGGAGCUGUUGUGGCGUAUGCAGCACUAUGAGUCUGACAAAGAUACUCCCCCGAACUCACCUCGAGCCAUCAUUAUUUUACCCUCUCUGGAACUAGCUAACCAGGUCAUGGAAGUUGCCAGUAACUUUGCGGAAUCCUGUGGUGUCAGCAUGAAGUUGUUGUCGGGGAAAGGCAUCACCAAUGAAAACAUAAGAUAUUUUGGGAAAGAAACCAUGGAUAUUGUAGUAUCCACACCAAUGACUCUGUUGAAGUUCUUCAAUUCAGGUAAACUGAGUGGUGCCAGGUGCCAGCAUGUAGUUCUAGAUGAGGCAGACACCUUAUUAGAUGACAGCUUCAGUGAUGUCAUCAGGAGUAUAAUGAAAAAGUUACAGAUUAUUGUGGCCAGUGGUGAAAUGGAAAACAACAAACAUGUGGUUUUUGGUACCCAGUUACUUCUGAUCAGUGCCACCAUGCCACGUAGUCUGGAGAGUGUCCUCGAGGACCAUGUUGAGAUUGAAUCUUUCAAAAAAAUAAAGACAGACAGUUUACACCGACUGAUGCCACAUGUUCCUCAGACAUUUCUACGUCUCCAUCACGAACAGAAAGCUGCUGAGAUACUGAAAAUUGCCAAGGAAAGUCUUGCCAACAACAAACCAACCAUGAUUUUCUGUAACAAAAGUGAUACUUGUUUCUGGCUUAACAAGUUACUGGAGGAGCAUGGCAUCCAUAGCAUUGUCCUCAACGCUCAGAUGGACCGUAAGCUGAGGAUAAACAGGUUUGCUAAUUUCCAGAAUGAAGCUGCCAAUAUCUUUGUGUGUACAGACAUCUGUUCUCGAGGCCUGGAUACACUAAGGGUGCAGCAGGUGAUCAAUUUUGAUUUACCUCAGUUUGUCUCUGACUACAUCCAUCGUGCCGGGCGGGUAGGGCGUGUGGGAGCCGAUGACAGUGGUCGAGUGGUCAGCUUUGUUACACAGAAGUGGGACGUCAAACUGGUCUGGAAUAUUGAGACAGCAGCAAGAAAAACAGCAGAGCUUGAAAAUGUCAACGCAAAUAUUAAAAGGAAAAUUACAGGCAUUGUUCGAAAGAAAUUCCAAAGGUCUUAGCAGUAUAUUGAUGGAUGUAACGUGUGGGAAUUUUUGUAAGCCUGGCUGUAACUUUAAGAAUUCCUGUAAGCUUGUGAGGGAGUGAUGACUGUUCCUUAAGGAAUUCCUGUAAGCCUGUGUGACGACUGGUUCUUAAGGAAUUCCUGUAAGCCUGUGUGAUGACUGGUCCUUAAGGAAUUCCUGUAAGCCUGUGUGGCGACUGAUUCUUAAGGCAUUCCUGUAAGCAUGAAACAGAGUGAUGGCAGUAGUUGGUGAUUAUUGUAUUUGUGACACAGGUGUGUUAGGAAGAAAAAUUCAUUGUGUAUCCAUUCCAAAAUAGGCUGUGACACAUAUUUCACCUAUUCUUCACAAGUUGAUCCAAGGCUGCUAGGGAUCUCUUUUAAGUUGGCAAACAUAGGCUUACCGACCCUUGCUUACUUACCUUUUUUUCGAGUUGAGAUUGAUAGAGUCCAUCAUAUGUAGGUAUGUUUCCUUAUCCCUCAUACCUAACAUAUAAGAUGGACUAUUAUUUCUCACACAUUUUUUGUGAAAUGCAUAGGGAAAUUGAUCCAACAUGGCAAAACCAUAUAAAAACUUUGUAUUUUUUCUCGGUGGACACAUAGAAAAAAUGAUACAGUGCUAGUGCAUUUGUGAAAGUUAUUAUACAUAUAUAGAUAUAUCCCACAUGGGUGUUCCACAUAGGACAAUUUUAUCUUACAUAUACAAAGGUGUGAGAAAUCCCUGUACACAGAACAGAUCCAUGUAAAAUUCUAUAAUUGGCCCACUACAGACUGUGACAUAUGUUACAGAAAAGACCUCAUGUAUCAGUUACAAAACGGACUCAAUAUCUUAGAUACACUGUUUUGAGAUUGCAAUUUAUAAGAAUACUUUUCUGUAUGUGAUGAAAGUAAAAUAAAAACUUAUUGUUAAAUGGCUGAUUGUUAUAGAAAAGAUAUUCAGAAUGAGAAUGUGUGUUAGUUUCCAUACAUAUAAUUAUGUGACUCU